CCCUAAGGGAGAGAGAGAGAGAGAAUGGGGCACAACAACAAGGAACACCAUCAAGCAACGGAGGGAUUGGUGAACCUCUUCACAAAGGCGAACCAUGAUCUCACGGUGGUUCAGCACAGGCUCGAGAAGGAGUUUCAACAGGUGUAUCCGGACAAGGCAAACCCGAUGAAGUUGGUGUCUAGGAUGAAGAAGAUACAAGAAGAUCUGUUGACGUUGAAAGAGCAAUGUCAUGAACUUCUAGCAGCCAAACAGGAUUUGAUUGAUAAGGCUCGGACCACUCUUGUUGGGAAUAGAAGUUUACUGCAGCGGAUGCAAGCAUCUGUGGGCAUCCCCCUCGCCAAUGAUUCCGAUGAUCCAGCAUUUGCUAACUUCAACCAGAUCGUUGAUGAGUGGGCAGUUCAAGUGAGAUCAAGGACAGGGGAUGAUGAUAGGCAUGAAUCGGAUUCUCAGGAUAUUAACAAAUUACUCUUCUCGGCUAUAGUCCAAAGCAACUGAACAUGCUGGAAAGGGUUGGGUGCCAAGCAUCAUGUUCCAACCUCCAUGCACUUAUUUGAAAUUAGGGAACAAUAAUGUAAAGACUGUAGUGUGGCCAAAAAUUUGUGUACAUUAUUUGAUAUUGAUUUUGUUGAAUUCAGUUGAUUUCAUGUAGUACUGGAUUAUGAAUGAUAAUGCA